UAUUACUACAUGUAGAGAGUUUAGAGGGAAUGAUUAAGAUCCAUGUUUCAUGUACAGCGCCGACAAUAACUCAUCCUAUUUCUAACUCAAAAAUAAUGAAGGGACCAGAAUACUUCAUACCUACUUUCCUUUAUUUAAUUAAUACUCACAAGAACUAACUAAACUCCCUCACUUUCCUAAUCAAAAACAUUAGUAAUUUAGUUCUUGUUUUCUUCAUUGAUGUUUGUUUAUCUAUGUAUGAUGAGUAUGUUUCUGAUUGAAUUAUCAUGAUGAGAAGGAAUGGAGGAAUUGCCAGGGGCGUUAGGAACCAGUUCCAGUUUUGCUCUUCGAUUGGGCCAAACCGUCUUUUCCUCUGCUUCCCUUUUCUAUAUGUGCUUGGAUGUUGAUUUCUAUGGCUAUUCUGCUUUCUGCUUUUUGGUAAUGGUGAUGGGUUUGGUAAUAUCCUGGAGCACAACACUAUUGGUGGUAGACGGGUAUUCGAUCUUCAUAAAGAAAGUACCGAAGCAACCAAGAUUCAUUUUUACGAUUACUGUGGGCGACAUGGUUUUGUCAUAUCUGUUAUUAGCUGCAGCAUGUUCAACUGCUAGUGUGACAGAUUUGUUGAUGAAAUCUGAUAAAUCUUAUUGUCCAGAAAAUUUAUGUAGUAGAUACCAAAUAUCUGCUGCAAUGGCCAUCUUGUCUUGGUUUCUUUCAUCAGCUUCUUGUCUAAUUAACUUUUGGAUUUUUCCUUCUCUGUGAAGUUUCUUUCUCACUUUUGAUGUAUAUAGGAAUGAUAAGGGUUCAAAUGGCGAAGUCAUUUGUUGUUCUUCUGAUAUUUUUUGUUUCCAUUAGAAUAAAGUUAUCAUAUUAUAGCCUACCUGUAAUAAAUACUUUUGUAAUUGAAAAGAAAUAUGAAAAUUUCAUUUAUUGUUCUCAA